AUGGAAAGGGGAAGUAAAAUGACGUUGAAUUCUCAAGUUCAGAAUUACUGGCGUACCGGAGGCGAAACGCGAGCAAAUACGCAGCAAUGCUACAAGUCAAAGCCGACCACUCCCUCUGCCGUUAGCGGCGGCCGAUUCGAGCACUCCGUUCAUCAGUCCAUAGCCCAUCCAAGGAGUACACAGCGUGAGUCCACGUUCGGCUCCCCAACUCGAAUCGCUCAAGUGUUUCCGUUGAUACCAAAGGAUCACGCAGUGCCGUAUAUCCAGCGAUCCGUGCAGGACGUUUCCACACAGAACAAUAACGGACCUCAUCGAGCACAUUCGGUCGAACUACUUCAACCCGAUGUCAGCGAAGAAAUACGGCGGGCAUCGUUCGAUGUGCCCAGGGGCACUGGACGACAGCUGCCAAGUACCGAAGGACUGGAG